AUGCAGUGCGCCGCCAUCCUCAUCACUCUCCUCUCCUCCGUCGCCUUCACAUCGGCGCUCCCGCAAACCGGUCCUCCGGCUUCCUCUUGCCCCGUCACAACUCAGAUGCCCGAGUGCGGUGUCCCCUGCAUCCAAGCGGCUGCCAUCGAGAUCGGUUGCACCAAGUACAUGGACUUUGAGUGCCAGUGCAAGAAUGCCGCGGCCAUGCAGGCUGCUGUGAUGCCUUGUGUUGCCCAGGCCUGCGGUGCUACUCUUGCUCCUGUUGUUGGACAGGUUGCAAAUGCCAUUUGCGAGCAGUGUGUCACCACGGCCUAG